UGCAACAAUCCGUAGAAUAACAGCAGCGAAAUCGUUGUGACUUGCUCAUGCCAAUUCCAUCAUCGAUCGAUCGUUUGCUAGCUCCUCCUGAUCGAUCAUCACAUUAUUUAUACCUGCUCUGUUUGGCCAUCGAUCCUCGUGAUGGUUGGGCACGCCGUUUUGAUCUCCGAGUCGAUCACACCUUUUCCGGCACGCCGAUCGACUAGUUUAUGAGCAGUGCGAGAACAGGCUCGAGUGAUCGAGAGAUGAAGGCGGCGGCCGAGGUGAUGAUGGAGAUCGAGGCGAACAAGCCGGCGGGGAACGGGUUGGCGGUCGGCCGGGGGCUGAGCCCGCUGAGCGAGACGCUGUGGAAGGAGAAGACGAACGUGGAGCUGAUCGACGACGUGUCGGCGAGGCUGACGUGGAAGGACCUGACGGUGACGGUGACGGUCGCCGGCGGAGAGACGCACCGGGUGUUGGAGGGGCUCACCGGCUUCGCCGAGCCCGGGGCGCUGACGGCGCUCAUGGGCCCCUCGGGGUCCGGCAAGUCGACGCUGCUCGACGCCCUCGCCGGCCGCCUCGCCGCCAACGCCUUCCUCUCAGGCGCCAUCCUCCUCAACGGCCGCAAGGCCAAGCUCUCCUUCGGGACCGCCGCCUAUGUGACGCAGGACGACACCUUGAUCGGAACUCUGACGGUGAGGGAGAUGAUCUCCUACUCCGCCCGCCUCCGGCUGCCGGACAAGAUGCCCAAGGAGGAGAAGCGGGCUCUGGUGGAAGGCACCAUCAUGGAGAUGGGCCUCCAGGAUUGCGCAGACACAGUGAUCGGCAAUUGGCACCUCCGGGGGAUCAGCGGCGGCGAGAAGAGGAGGGUCAGCAUCGGCCUCGAAAUCCUCAUGAGGCCGAGGUUGCUCUUCCUCGACGAACCCACCAGCGGCCUCGACAGCGCUUCCGCCUUCUUCGUCACCCAAACGCUGCGAGGUUUGUCGAGAGACGGCAGGACUGUGAUCGCUUCGAUUCACCAGCCCAGCAGCGAGGUCUUCGAGCUAUUCGAUCGCCUCUAUUUGCUCUCCGGCGGCAAAACCGUCUACUUUGGCCAGACUUCAGACGCUUGCGAGUUCUUUGCUCAAGCUGGAUUUCCCUGCCCGCCUUUGCGGAAUCCGUCGGACCAUUUCUUAAGGUGCAUAAACUCAGAUUUCGACAAAGUGAAGGCCACUCUGAAGGGAUCUCUAAAGACAAGAGUGGAAAGGAGCGACGACCCGCUCGAAAGAAUGACGACGUCCGAAGCGAUUAGAACGAUGAUCGAGUUCUACAGUCACUCCCAGCAGUACUACCACGCGAGGGAGAAAGUGGAUGAGAUUUCGAGAGUUAAAGGAACGGUGUUGGAUUCCGGAGGCAGUCAAGCGAGCUUCUUGAUGCAAGCUUUCACCUUGACGAAGCGAUCUUUCGUGAACAUGUCCAGGGAUUUUGGCUACUACUGGCUAAGGCUGCUCAUCUACAUUGUCGUGACCAUCUGCAUUGGGACAAUCUACUUGAACGUUGGAACCGGAUACACCUCCAUAUUGGCUCGGGGGGCAUGCGCUUCGUUUGUGUUCGGCUUCGUCACGUUCAUGUCCAUCGGCGGAUUCCCGUCCUUCGUGGAGGAUAUGAAGGUUUUUCAGAGAGAGAGGCUGAAUGGGCAUUACGGUGUCUUAGCGUUUGUCAUCAGCAACACCAUUUCUGCAAUGCCUUUCUUGAUCGUGAUCACCUUGGUCUCGGGAACUCUCUGCUAUUUCAUGGUACGCCUUCACUCGGGCUUCACACAUUACCUGUUCUUCGUGCUGGCUCUCUAUGCCAGUGUCACAGUGGUGGAGAGCUUGAUGAUGGCCAUUGCCAGCGUAGUCCCUAAUUUUCUCAUGGGGAUCAUCAUCGGAGCUGGGAUUCAGGGGAUAUUCAUGCUUGUUUCUGGAUACUUCAGACUCCCUAAUGACAUCCCAAAGCCCUUUUGGAGGUACCCAAUGACAUAUAUCAGCUUCCACUACUGGGCAUUGCAGGGUCAGUAUCAAAAUGACUUGAGAGGUUUAGUAUUCGACAACCAGACACCAGACCUGCCAAAGAUUCCGGGAGAAUACAUACUCGAAAACAUCUUUCAGAUUGACGUCGACCGGUCUAAAUGGCUUGAUCUUUCGGUUCUCUUCAGCAUGAUUGUCAUUUACAGGAUGUUCUUCUUCUUGAUGAUCAAGAUUAGUGAGGAUGUGACCCCAUGGAUAAGAGGAUACAUUGCCAGAAGAAGGUUACAGAAGAAGCAAAGUUCUUCCACUGAUCUCGCCACUCGGGCACCUUCUCUUAGGAGCUACGUAGUCGAAUUGGAAUCCAGUUCGACCAGCAGUAGUUAGAUAACUAAAGCUGAGCUUAUCACAUACAAUUAAGAGAUUAUAGAUGGAGUUAUCAAAGUGUUACUUCUUGUUCAUGAGAAUACAUACAAAAGUUUGUUUAUAUAAGAAUGAUAUUUGAUACUUCA